GUUUAGUUCCUCACGUUUCAUUUCCUACUUUCUUACUUCUUCUGGGUGCAUUAUUUGACAAGAAUGUUUUUUUUUUUUACUUAAUUGAAUUGCCAGAUUUCUGAAGUGAACCAAACCUUCAAAAAAAGGAUCUGAUUUCAAGGAAGUAUUAUGUGUUGCAGUGGCUUCAUCUGUGUCGGUUACGUCUGAAGCGGCAGCAGUCGCACACAUGCUGAACAGGCUGGACACAGCAAACUUUCCUCAUCAGACUGACAAUAUUAUGCAUUUCCAAGGGCCUUGGAUUAAAUACAUUUAAUAAGGAAGGAUACACUUGCUUUUUGAUCUUGUGGGACCCAGGCAGAAGAGACAGGAUGCGGGACAUGCUGGAGAGGCUGCAGACCAUCAGUGAGGACCAUGAGGAUGAGGAAUCAGAGUUUAAUGGUCCCGAGCAUGACGGAGACAAGGUGACUCUGUCUCAACAGGCAGUGAUCUUUGAGAACUCCUCAGCUAUUGAUGAGGUCCUGAAGGAGGCCCAGUUCAUACGCAAGGAGAUCUCCUUGCUCCAGUUGGAGGUGGAACGUAUGUGCAUGCAAAAUGAACGCUUUGGCACCUCUGUGCGCCGCCUCACCCUUCUUAAAAAGGACUGUGACUCCAUUGCCAAAGGGGUCCAGCAACGUGCAGAGGUCCUAUACGUCCGUCUGCAGGACCUGGGUAAAAUGAGCAACCAGCUGGAGGAGAAAGAAAGUCCAAACUCCGCUCUUAGUCGCAUCGCCCGUACUCAGUACGACACGCUGACCCUUGCCUUCCAUGCUGUCAUGAGUGACUACAGCAAAGCCGAGGAGAAGCAGAAGAACACAUGCAGGAGGAGGAUCCAGAGGCAGGCGUCCAUAAUGGGCACAGACAUCACCGAUGAGCAGCUGGAUGUGCUGGUGGACAAAGGUGGUGAAGGCUGGACUGAACUAUCCCACAGCCUUCAGCCACAAGCUGCUCGAACAUGCCGCUUGGCCUUCUGUGAGAUCAAAAACAGACACAAGGAGCUGGUGGAGCUGGAGGCCAGGCUGAAGGAGGUCCACGAGCUGUUCCUGCAGAUGGCCGUGCUGGUGGAGGAGCAGGGAUCCAUCCUGAAUAACAUCGAGGUUCACAUGCAUCGCACUCAGGAACAUGUUGACCAGAUCAACGAUCACAUCAAGAAGGCCAUACAGUACAAGAAGAAGAACCCUUUUCUGCAGUGUUGCCCCUGUCUACCUUGUUGGAGAAAGAACUAAAGCUUUUAGGAGUUAGUUUGACAUUAUGGAAUUUUAUGGAUGAUUCAAAAUUAAAAUAAACAACUAUGUACAGUAAAAAUAUGGAACUGAGCUCAAAAAUAUUGUGCAGUAUGCUUAAUUUAUAGUGAAUCCAAACUUUGCAGACUCUCAUAUCACGAAGUAUAAAGGAAAUGGACUUGCUCUAAAGAGUCGCACUGUGUUUCUUUAGUUGCUGUGUGUAGCUUAAAAUUCUUAAACUUACAGUCUGUCUGAAAUUUGAUUAACUGAAAUAAAUCUUCAAGUUUUUACAAUCACAGAA